GCACCGGAAGUAAAUCGCAAUGGGACGCAGUCAAUUUCAAGUUCAUGUUGUCAAAACUUUUCGUCCGAUGUCUUGUUUUCUGUAUUGAGUAGAGUGACAAGCGCACAGUGCCAUAAUGGCACACCGAUAUCUGCAUCUGUCAAGAGGCUGCAGGAACUUUCUCCACGCUCUGCUGCCAAAUGUCAGAUCAACAAACCGUGUGCAAUCGGUUCAGGGUGUUGGGCAAAUUGCCCUAGACCGAAGAUCCUUGCUCUCUCAGGUCUUGGGCACGUAUAGAAGAUUAAGCUCCAAACCUCCCAAAGGAUUUGAAAAAUACUUCCCUAAUAAUAAAAACGGUGGUCCAAAAAAUGGAGAGCCCAAGCCAUCCAAUGCAGAAGUCAAAGAGGCCAAACCAACCAAUGCACAGAAGACCACUGGUGGAAGUGGAAGUAGUGGAGGAGCAGGAGGAAAAAGAGAGGGGCGAAAAGAUGAAUCCAAUUGGUACAGCCGUCUCCAAAAGGGCGAUGUGCCGUGGGACGAUAAAGAAUUCCGUAUGUAUUUCCUGUGUGGAAUGGCCUUCUGGACAGCUGUCACAUAUUAUUUCUUCUUCCGAGAUGGAGGAAGAGAGGUCACUUGGAAAGACUUUGUAAAUGGUUACCUUGCAAAAGGAGUGGUUGACAGGUUGGAGGUUAUAAACAAGCGAUAUGUAAAAGUCAUCUUUACCCCCGGUAAAACUCCAGUUGAUGGGCAAUACGUGUGGUUCAACAUCGGCAGUGUGGACACAUUUGAGCGGAACCUGGAAACUGCUCAGCUAGAGAUGGGCAUUGAAGGAGAGAACAGACUGCCAGUGGUCUAUUCCACUGAAAGCGAUGGGUCGUUCCUCCUUAGCAUGUUGCCCACCAUAUUGAUCAUUGGGUUCUUACUGUUCAUGCUGAGGAGAGGGCCUGCUGGGGCAGGGAGGCCAGGGAGGGGAAUGGGUGGGCUCUUCAGCGUCAGUGAGACCACUGCCAAAGUACUACGAGAUGAGAUUGACGUCAAAUUCAAAGAUGUGGCGGGCUGUGAGGAGGCCAAAUUGGAGAUCAUGGAGUUUGUAAACUUUCUUAAGAACCCAAAGCAGUACCAGGAUUUGGGUGCCAAGAUUCCAAAGGGGGCUAUUUUGACUGGACCCCCAGGCACAGGAAAGACUUUACUAGCCAAGGCCACUGCGGGAGAGGCCAAUGUCCCCUUCAUCACUGUGAAUGGAUCAGAGUUCUUAGAGAUGUUUGUGGGGGUUGGACCAGCCAGGGUUCGGGAUCUCUUUGUAUUGGCCCGGAAGAAUGCCCACAAAUUAAUAUAUUGCAUGAUGAUUGCAGGGCCACCAGAUAUCAAAGGCAGAGCCUCUAUAUUCAAAGUCCAUCUGAGACCACUAAAGCUGGAUACAGAGUUGGACAAAGAAUCUCUGGCAAGGAAAAUGGCUGCUCUAACACCUGGUUUUUCAGGUGCGGACAUCGCUAAUGUGUGCAACGAGGCUGCGCUAAUUGCAGCCCGCCACCUUUCUGAUGCCAUCAACCAAAAACACUUUGAGCAAGCCAUCGAACGAGUAAUUGGGGGUCUUGAGAAGAAGACGCAGGUGCUGCAGCCAGAGGAGAAGAAGACGGUGGCUUACCAUGAGGCUGGUCAUGCUGUAGCUGGCUGGUUCCUUGAGCACGCUGACCCUUUGCUUAAAGUGUCCAUCAUCCCGCGUGGGAAGGGUUUGGGCUAUGCCCAGUAUUUGCCUAAAGAGCAGUACCUGUACACCAAGGAGCAGCUGCUGGAUAGGAUGUGUAUGACGCUGGGUGGACGAGUGUCUGAGGAGAUCUUUUUUGGCCGCAUUACUACAGGGGCACAGGAUGACCUGAAGAAAGUGACACAGAGUGCCUAUGCACAGAUUGUGCAGUUUGGCAUGAAUGAAAAGGUAGGGCAGGUGUCUUUUGACCUGCCACGGCAAGGAGAGAUGGUUUUGGAGAAGCCCUAUAGCGAGGCCACAGCAUGCCUCAUCGACACAGAGGUCAGAAACCUCAUCAACGCGGCCUAUCAGCGCACACAGCAGCUGCUGACUGAGAAGAAGGCUGAGGUGGAGAAGGUGGCACUACGUCUACUGGAGAAAGAGGUGCUGGAUAAGAAUGACAUGGUGGAACUGCUGGGCCGGAGGCCGUUUGCUGAAAAGUCAACUUAUGAAGAGUUUGUGGAGGGAACGGGAAGCAUGGAUGAGGACACAUCGCUGCCGGAGGGCCUGAAGGACUGGAACAAGGAGCGCGGCAGCGAGAAGGAGGAGAGUACGGAGGAGCAGGUGGCCCGACAGAUCACUGGUGGUAUGCCCUUCUGAGGACACCCGUUCACCGUGACCCUGGAGGGUCAGAGCACUUAUUUAAGAGCUGGGAAACACUUGCCUGACGGACACUGAGGCAAGUACCCUCUUCUUCACGAGAGCCAUGAUUGAAGGGCUCUUGAUAGUAAGUGUCGGACUUAAACCUUGAAAUAUAAACUUUCUUGUGCUGAAGAUUGUAUUUCUGCAAAAUUUAAAGGAUCAGGAGAUCUUCUGUUGAAGGUGAAGUGUAUUUUACGUGACACAUCAGUGCUUUGCCAGAAAAUCUGUUUAACUUAAGGCAAAAGCACUGUAGUUUGUCAAGAAAAAUUCUCUUUAGUCAUUACAAUUUUACCUAUCAAUGACCAAGAAGACACACAAUAUAUAUAUAUAUAUCUUUAUGUCUAACAAGAAGCUUUGCCUCUGAUAUACACAGGUUGCGUUUUCUCUUUCUGUACAUUAAGAUUCCAGUUCAAAACUGACACAAUUUUGUGACCUUUCUGAAAGGUCUUUUUGCAGUUCUGCUUGCUUACUGGCUGUCUGAAACACUGAAAUAUACAUGAAUGUUGUGAACAGUACACAAAGUCACUCGUGUUAACUAACAUACUCUUCUCUCACAGAUUUGCACUGGCAUGAGCGUCAGCCUUUGGUUUCCAUGUUAUUUUAGCAAGUUUAUGAUCACGUCCUUUGAUUGAAAAACAGAGCAGUCAUUUUUGAUGUGUUUUCUUCUGUUCCUCUGGUUCAUUUAUGGCCCAGGCAGCUGCUCUUUGUGGUGCAGACUGAUUAAACUAUAGCUCAAUUCGAAAUAGUGGCAUACAACAAAAUUCACAUUUGUAAUGAAAUAGGAUGCGAACAUACACAAAAGUAGCUCAUUAUGUUAAUGAUCAGUUUAUGAAUGUGUGUGAUUUUUGACAGCAGUAUUUAUUCUACAGUGCAAAUCCAAAUCACAAAAAGAGCUCUGAGGUUAAAAAUAGAACACAAUCUAAUACGCAUUGUCCUUUUGUGACUUCAGCUUGAUAUCACAUCUACAUGUAUAUGUUGUUCUGUGAAAACCUAAAUAAAUCCACA